AUGGCGGCGACCAUCACCACUACCACCAUGUCUCAAUUCAUGCCUCAGAGCCUUCCUCUUGAUAUAUCAAAGUAUUCCAAGCUCUCCGCGGAGCAAGUAGGCCACCUCCGACACUUCCACAACUUGGCUUUCCAGCCAGAUGGAGAAUGGUUUCAUAUGGGGGCUCAGGAGCCUGCCCAAGAAUUCCUUGAUGCUACCGCUAUCAACUGGCCUACGCAGCUGGACUUGCUCACUACCACCGCCUGCCGGCUGUUCGCACCAUCUUCAAGCCGCUCCUUCGUCAACUCAUUCACAAAAUGCUUCGAAGAGAGGUCUGGGGCUAUUGCGAAGUUACGAGACCCUUGGGCGGACCCUGUCGUACGUGAAAAUAUCAUGUACAGCGGCCAUCUCCUUCUCAUGACCAGCUUGUACGCGAUGCUGUUUGAUGAUGACGAGUUUGAAAAUCCCGAUUCCAUCGUGUUCAAAUGGGAUCCUCUCUUUUAUGGAUUCGGCAACGAGAUUUUCUCCUACGACAAUCGAAGUCUACAAAUCGCCAUUAUCAAGGAAAUGGAGAGAAAUGGAUGGAUCAUCGCAAUGCGCUAUAACGACUCCCGAGAUGGUACAGGUACGGUCAGCGAGGUCUUGACCAAAUACCGAGCUGCUUGGGACAGGAAAGGCAUGGUGGGACCCAAUGGCCUUUUCGUUGAUAUGUGGAUGGUUAAGCAAGACCACGUUUUCCCUGCCGCCGAUGUGGCCUGGACGGCCUGGCAGGAUACCUCAAGCCUUGACACGACCAGAGUUCGGGGAUCGCUGACAUGGCUUCUGCACAGGGCCUCCGCAUUUAUGAACACCUGGAACUCCGAGCUCGUCUCCUCCCUCUACGCCAAACAAGUCUCGGGCUUCAUCACCAACAUCUCGGGACAAAUCCGCCUGCAACCCCCCGUCGUAGCCAACCACUACCGCCAAAUCACCGCCGAGUCUCCCACGGUCUCUCAGAAAGACGCUCUCACCAAAGCUAUAUCUCUUGCCAAAGCCGACAUCAUAUCCGCCCCCUGA